AUGAAGUCUCCAAAGCUGAAGUCCCAAGCUAAAUUCGUCAGUGAGGAAGAUCUUGACGAUGUCCUGGGUGAGUUUGAUGCUGUCAUAGAAGAUUUCACGUCGCCAAUUGAGAAGCGUCACUUCAGGUACGACGAACACCUGAAGACCGCGAAGAGACGGAGCAGCGCGAGUGUGAGCGACAGUGGCAUCAGUGACUCUGAAAGUGCCGAGUCACUCAACAGAAACAGCUUCAGCUUCAGUGACGAGAGGCUCAACUCCCCCACAGGACUCUCCAGCCCCACCUCACCCACACUAAUGUCACCAAAACCUAAACUUGGGGACACUAAAGAGCUGGAGGAUUUCAUCGCUGACCUGGACAGGACAUUAGAAAAGGUGCAGGGAGUCAUCAGGCUGCAGCAGGUGUGGCUCAGACAGUGCACAGUGUAUCUGCUGACCACAGGUGGUGGAGGCUGUGGACACGCUUUACUGUAA